AUGGACGACAAACCUACGCCGUCUUCCCUUGGCGAUAUCGAGGCUACAGUGCCUACAUCUAUCCCAGAGACCAUAGCACCUCUCAGUGUACGCUCCGACACGGAUUCUGUCUCCCACUCUCACACUACUAUUCACCAUGUCCAUUCUGGAGCACUUCUGCAACCUCAUUUAACAUCGGAUGCUUCAGCAUCCAUGCAAACUAUUCAACCCAGCGCCUUGACCGUCGAAAGCGCCGAGGAAGCUCCUCCGGGGUCGGUUCGUCUUGGACCAUCUGAGUUCGCUGUAACUCUACCUAUGGACUCGCGAGUCAAAGAUGACUAUGACCGCGUCUUGACUGACUCCGCUGCGAUCACACGAGAGUUCCUCGCAAGUCUAACCCCUGCUGGCCAGGUCUCUGAUUCUCAGCGAGAGUACCUUUUCUCAAAAGUACAUGAAGUCAUUGCGAAGUUGAACAAUGUAUCUACGCAUCCAGAUUUGAACAUUGCCCAUCAUGUUUCAUACGAGGACUCGACACUCGCUCGAGAAGCCGAGUGGGCCGAAUAUUCGAGUGCCAAGUUCCGGUUCCUCGGAUGGCUGAUACGAGUCGGCAGUGAGCGUGAUCUUCAUAUCAUUCUUGCCGUGCAAGGCGAGGAUAAACGUCAGAUCAUCGAACGUUACUUGCUUGGCAAAGGAUUCGCCCAUACCAAGCCACGAGAACAGCUUGGGGGUAGCUUGGAGCUCUCUUUGCAGAAGGACUCUCUGAGCUUUGCUAUCCAUUCUGAUGACGGGGUACGAGAGAUGUUCAAACCACCAUCCGCCAUAUUUGUGUUCGAUACGGCAUACAAACUCGAGAGCCCUGCAGUGCAACAUCUUCGAACAACAUACACCAGGAAUGGCAGCCUUCUGCCCGUGAUUUGGUUCCUGGUUUCUAACACUUGCGAACACAUUGAACGCGCUCUACCUCAGCUACCCGAACCCGAGCGGCUACGCCAUCUCAUGCAGUACACAGAUUAUUUCCACGAUGAAGUGGGCGAUCUUCAGGAUGACGCCCUCAAUGUGUGUGAGGAUGCUGAAGAAAUUCUCACCUAUCUCUCAGAUAGCUUUGCCAGCUGGUCGCUUCCAGUUGUGGAGCCUUUGCAAUUUGUAUCCGCGGAAGAAUUAGACUCAUCGACUCCUUCCUCUGAGGAACCGGUACCAGGCACUCAAAAGCGUUCACUGGACGACGAACAGGAAGCCGAAGAUUACACAUCAAAACGUGCGAGGGUUGAUACCCAAGACACCAGCCAAAUGACUCAGUCAACGAAACCACCCAGUCAAACUUUGGAUCGUGAUCUGCAAUCUUUGGAGAGAAGCCUCAUCCAGAUGAAGACUGCCCACAACAUAGAGAAUGAACAACUCCAAAGAGAGCUAUCGCACACACAGGCUCGCCUGCACGAAUUUGAGACUGCUUUGGGCAUCCUCCAACAUCGCUAUGAAAGCCGAACCAAUGAACUACAUCUGACUCGCCAAGAGCGUGAUCGACUGUCCGAGGGCAAGACAUCCACGGAGCAACGCGUCGAGAAACAGAGAGAGGACAUCGCCAAACUGAAGGAAGAGCGUUCACAGCUCAAGGCUGAACUCGAGGGCGCACGACAGGAGCUCAAAAACGGCGGCGGCUCUCUGGCAGAAUUGGAGACGGCUCGAGAAGAGAUCCGCCGUCUUACCAGCGAGAGAGCAAGCCUUGAGCGCAAGGCAGAGUACGAAAAGAACCAAGCAGAGUACACUCGCGAGCAAUAUCAAACCGCUUCCAAUGUCGCCGCGCAGGCUGGAAAUGAGCUUCGUCAAGUUCGCGAGGAGAAUGAGGCUUUGACCCGCAAAGUCCAGGGUAACGCCGUUCAACUUCGGGAGAUGAACAUCAAGAACGACGCCAAGCGCCACCUUUCCCGAAUCAAUGAGCUUGAAUUGAUCCUGGCUUCUCGGGAUGACCUGCUGCGCAAGAAGGAAGAUGAACUGCGGGAGAUCCGUAUGAACCGCCCGUCCACUCGAUCGACAAGCACACAACCGCGGAGUCCCAAGUGGGCGAACAGCAGCCGUCCAACAAGCCCCGGCGUCGGUCAUAAUGGCAAUGGCAAUGGUCUUGCUAGCCGGGGCAGUGCGCUGCGGUACAGUUCCGAGAUGCCCUUCUGA